AGUGAAAAAUUCAAGCUACUAUGAAUCAAUUAGCUGUGCACAAAGAUGACGAAAAUCGUCUUUUGAAGACGAAAAAUGUCGUAGAUGAUAUUGUUUUAGACAAGUAUCGUACUGCUGGUCAUAUUGCUGAAACUGGAAUGAGUUAUGCCAUCGAUUUGAUCAACCAAAUGUACCAUUUACAAUCGCAGCCCAUAAAGCCCAUCUCCCAAAUCUGUUUAAUGGUUGACUCUUUAAUGGCCAAAGCAUUACAAAGAGUAUACACAAAAAGCGAAAAUAAUAUAUCCAAACCUACCUGUUUCAACGUCAAUGAAAUCUUGUCAAAUUAUUCCCCUGAAUUGGAUGAUCCUAUUGAAGUCUUCAAAGAAGGUGAUGUGAUCACAAUUUCUUUAGGUGUAAGUGUUGAUGGAUAUGUUGCUGAUCUGUCCCACACCCUAGUUAUAUAUCCUGCUGGCAAGAAACCGGUUGGACCAUUAUUGGGUCCAAAGGCUGAUGCUAUCGUCGCCAACCAUUACAUAAAGCAGGUUGUUACCUCGUUACUCGGGUUGAGCUUAGUUCCAGAAAAAAUCCCAGUUGAAAUUCAAAACGACUACGGCAGACAAGUGUCGAGUAAACUCUUGAAAACGGUGGUGGAAUCUAUUGCAGAAGCAUUCAACUGUCGUGUUGUACCUGGUAGUGAAAUUAGAGUAAUUAGAAGAUUUUUGUCAGGACAGAACGAGUUUCUCCAAGAAAAAGGAUACAAGGGUAUCAAAUGGACAGAAGCUGAUCAAGAAGCUUUGAUUUUAAGCAAAUUGGGCCUCGAAGAUACUACCAACACCAACAUUAAACCGGCUGAGUUUUUUGUAGCUCCAGGAGAAGUUUACCAAGUCAAUGUAACAGUUGCCAGCAUCGAUGAAUUUAGUGAGUUAGGUCUUGUCACCACCGAAGAGCUCAACAAGUAUACGGGUUUGAAUAACAAGAGUAGUGACCUGAAUAUGAAUAUGGAUCCACAUAUCUUUGUGAGAGACUUUAUUAUAAAUUACCAUUUGAAACUUAAAAGCUCAAGAUCCAUGUUAGGUAAAAUUGACAAGGCAUUUUCUGUUUUCCCAUUCAAGUUGAGCUUUCUUUCUGAAAGGUUUCCUCUCCAAGACAAUACAGAAGAAGAAAUCGAAGCUGUUAAAAAGUCCUUCACUGAAAGCAAAUUCGGUCUUAGUGAGGUGUUGAAUCACAACUUAAUCAAUGGUAAACCAAUUAAGAUUUUGAAAUAUUUACCAGUCAAGAGCAUUUUAGGAGAAAGCAGUAUCAGAUUCAAUGAUGUUAACGCCUUGAAGUUAAUUAAACACGAAUCCAUUGUUCCAACGAAAUCUACCGAGAGUUUUUCAGUUGUUCUCCAUGAAGCUAAUAACGAGGUUGUGCAGUUGACAGGCUCUCAAGGCCCAGUAUUUUGCCAAUCAUCAUACCAGUUACAGAACGUUGUCAUUGACCAAUUAAUUCGCCUCUUGGGAGACAAAUAUGGGGUUAAAUUGAAAACAGUUAGAGCAGGUGCCGUGGUGAGCGACUUGAGAAUGGAGGUGAAAAUGGAAACUGAUUAAAUGCUGUACAAUUUUUUUUAAGAAUACUAGGAACAAUUCGCUUCUAGUGACAAUGCCUUACCCAGUAGAAGUCUCUCAUGUUUGUAUUCGUAAUAAAUACACAAAAUGUCUAAUUGC